AUGUCAAAGUUGGACAUUCUACAUGAUGGUAUCCCUGCUGCCACCUUCUGGUUUAGAGGAGAACUGCUUGUUCCUGUGGUGUGUCUGGUUGCCACGGCACCCCUAACCAACUUGGCUCUGGCUGUGAGGAUGGAUCCAUCUCUGCCGCGUAAACUCAAAGGGCUCUACAUCAUGGGAGGGAACACGGAGUCCCGAGGAAACAUCACGGUGUGCGGCGAGUUCAACUUCACUUCUGAUCCAGAAGCUGCAUACAUCGUGCUGAAUGAUUACCAGUGUCCAACCUACUUGGCCUGCUGGGAGUUUACCUGCUACAACAAGCUGCCCUGGGAGUUCUGUGACGCCUGGUUGGCGCAGAACACCCAUAAAGCUCGCUUCAUGGCAAAGAUCUUCCGCCACAGCAUCGAGGCGUCAAAGACAGACCGCUUUGAGAGAGAGUUUAUUGCCGGGUCGGGCCUCAUUUCCUGUGACUCAUAUGCUAUGGCGGCCGCUGUGGAUGACUCAUUCAUCAUAGAGAGCGACCAGUUUCCAGUCAGCGUGGAGCUGAUGGGGCAUAACACCAGAGGGAUGAUGAUCGUGGACACUCUGGGACUGCUCAACAAAACGCAUAAAGCUUUUAUCAUAAAAAAGGUGGAUAUGGAGAAGUUUAAGAGGAUGAUGAUGGCGGCUCUGGAAUGAGUUUCACCUCGUUGCCGUAUGUCUUUAACUG